AUGGCGGACACCGCAACCUCGACUGGCGCCGAUGGCCCAGAAGGCGAGACUCCAACACAGCGACAAGCGCGCCUGCGCCGUGAAAAGCGACAGAAAAAGAUGACGGAGCAGGGUGAGGACAGACUGGCCAAGAUCAAAGCGCUGAAUGGUGGUGUAGCACCUCCAGAAGAGGUGCUUGGUGGACCUACGGCGCAAGUACCCCCAGGCGCAUCAGUCGCAGACGAUCCAGACGAGGUGGACAUCAGCUCCAGCAACUUCUCAAAUACGCCGAGUAGCCGACAGGACAACCCGCUCGCAGCAGCUAUGAUGCAAAUGGAGCAAGAGCGACAGGCGCAAGGAGGCCAAAGCGGGGAUAAUCAGGACGACCCGAUGGUGAAGAUGAUGCAGCAGAUGAUGGGCCUGAUGGGCGGAGAUCCGAACGAUCCCAACGCGAAGCAACCAGAUGUCCCGCCGUGGAUGGCCAAUAUGCUGAAGGGUGGAGCCCAGGCGCAAGAGCCACCAGCGCCAACCACUGGUUCGACAUAUAUGUGGAGGAUCGUCCAUGCGCUGUUCUCCUUCAUCCUGGCAUUCUACAUCUGCCUGACCUCGACUUUCAACGGCAGCAAGCUCGCGCGCACACAGAGCGUCUACACAGAGGAGGGAGGCCAUGGUCUGGGUCCACGGCUGUUCGUCAUCUUCGCAACCGCAGAGGUGCUCCUCCAAAGUAUGCGGUAUUUCGUCGAGAAGGGCCAAUUACAAGGCGGGGGGAUGCUAGCCAGUGUCGCGAACAGUGGCUUCGUUCCAGAGCCGUACGCCAACUACAUUCGGAUACUGGGACGGUAUCUCACCAUUGCGCGGACGAUCUUCACGGAUGUGAUGGUGAUCGUCUUCGUGCUUGGGUGCAUUGCUUGGUGGCAGGGUGUAGCAACUCUCGCUUAG